CGCGAGGGGAGCGGGCUGGGCGCGCUUGCGCACUGCGCGUCAGCGAGGCCGGGGUAGGUGGCCGGGAGCGGAGGCACCGGCUGCUCAGUGUGUGGGUCGAGUCUGGGCAUCCCCGCGGGGUGAGAGGGGUCGGGAGUCCUCCCGGCGGCGAUCGAAUCCAGUUCAGCAGCGGCGGGGGAAGAGUGGAAGGCCGGGCGCGGCAUGUCGCGGAGGCCGCGGUGCGGACGGUGAAGCGCGCGGCGAGCGGCGAGCGGCGAGCGGGAUGGGUCGGCGCCGGGCGCCCGAGCUCUACCGGGCCCCGUUCCCGUUGUACGCGCUGCAGGUGGACCCCAGCUCGGGGCUGCUCAUCGCUGCGGGCGGAGGCGGCGCCGCCAAGACGGGCAUAAAGAAUGGAGUGCAUUUUCUGCAGCUAGAGCAGAUUAACGGGCGCCUGAGCGCCUCCUUGCUCCACUCCCAUGACACGGAGACACGGGCUACUAUGAACUUGGCGCUGGCUGGCAACAUCCUUGCUGCGGGGCAGGAUGCCCACUGUCAGCUCCUGCGCUUCCAGACCCACCAGCAGAAGGGCAGAAGCAAGGCUGAGAAGGCAGGCACCAAGGAGCAGGGGCCGCGGCAAAGGAAGGGGGCGGCCCCACCAGAGAAGAAAUCUGGAGCUGAAACCCACCAGGAGGGGGUAGAACUGAGCGUAGAGAAUUUGCGGGCGGUGCAGACAGACUUCAGCCCUGACCCGCUGCAGAAAGUUGUGUGCUGCAACCACGAUAGCACCCUGCUGGCCACCGGAGGCACCGACGGCUACGUUCGCGUCUGGAAGGUGCCCAGCCUAGAGAAAGUGCUGGAGUUCAAAGCCCACGCUGGGGAGAUUGAGGACCUGGCUUUGGGGCCUGAUGGCAAGUUGGUGACUGUGGGCUGGGACCUUAAGGCCUUUGUGUGGCAGAAGGAUCAGCUGGUGACACAGCUGCACUGGCAAGAGAAUGGACCCACUUUUUCUAACACGCCUUACCGCUACCAGGCCUGCAGGUUUGGGCAGGUUCCAGACCAGCCUGGGGGGCUACGACUCUUCACAGUGCAGAUUCCCCACAAGCGUCUGCGCCAGCCCCCACCCUGCUACCUCACCGCCUGGGAUGGCUCUACCUUCUUGCCUCUCCGGACCAAACCCUGUGGCCAUGAAGUCAUUUCCUGCCUUACUGUCAGUGAAUCGGGCACCUUCCUAGGCCUGGGCACAGUCACUGGAUCUGUUGCCAUCUACAUCGCUUUCUCCCUCCAGCGCCUGUACUAUGUGAGGGAGGCCCAUGGCAUUGUCGUGACGGAUGUGGCCUUUCUACCCGAGAAGGGUCGUGGUCCAGAGCUCCUUGGGUCCCACGAAACGGCCCUGUUCUCCGUGGCUGUGGAUAGUCGGUGCCAGCUGCACCUGCUGCCCUCACGACGGCAGGUGUUACCUGUUCCAGCUCCAGGAGAGAUGUCACCUUUGACGAUGAGGAUGUUCGUGCUGCUGCUGCUGCCCCUGAGUCAGGCUGCCCCCAAGGAUGGAACCACCAGGCUGGCCCCUGAAGCGCAGCAGCAGCCCCUGCCCAACCCCUUCAGGCCAGGCCCGGAGCAGCUGCGACUUCUGCAGAGCUACCUAAAGGGGCUGGAGAGGAUGGAAGAGGAGCCGGAGCACAUGAGCCGGGAGCAGGUCCUGCUCUACCUCUUUGCCCUCCAUGACUAUGACCAGAGUGGACAGCUGGACGGCCUGGAGCUGAUGUCCAUGUUGACAGCAGCUCUGGCCCCCGGAGCCGCUGACUCUCCCACCACCAACCCAGUGGUCCUGGUCGUGGACGAGGUGCUGGAGACCCAGGACCUGAACGGGGAUGGGCUCAUGACCCCCGCAGAGCUCAUCAACUUCCCCGGAGAGGCCCCGAGGCGCUCGGAGCACCACGAGCCCCCGGAGCCACAAGAUCCGGGGAGGCAGCCCCCGUUAGCGAAGAGCCCGUCACGGCAAGAAGCACAGGAAGCCGCGGGGCCCAGAGAAGAUGAGGGACCGGUGGAGGCCCACAAGGAGUCCUCGGAGCCUGGACAGGAGGCCGCAGGGGAGGCCCCCGGGCCCGGAGGGGAGGCUGGGGCCCAGGCCGAGGCCAGGGACGCUGGACAGAAAGCGGAGGAGCUUCCAGGGGAGACACUGGAGUCUAAGAACCCCCCAAGUGAGUUUGAGGUCCAUGCUGUUCAGUUGGAGAAUGACGAGAUAUAAACCUGGAGGAUGCAGGGGUGCGCCCCGGAAGUCUCAGUGCCGGAACAUGAGCUCCGGAGGGCGGGACCAGGACCACCUCUGGCCCCUUCCUGGUCCCAGGAGGUGCAGCCCUUUCUGGGUGGCUCAGGGAGAUCCUAUGUCGAGGGGCAGCUUCAGGGCCCGGACCACCAAUAAAGAGCUGAACAGACUCAU